AUGGCGAUGCCUGGUCUACUAGGUUAUUUCAUGACUAUGAUCUAUAACCCGAACAAUGUGGCCGUUGAAGCAAGUCCAUUCACCACAGUUGUUGAGCUAAAAGCAGGAAAGCAACUGUGCGAAAUGUUUGGUUAUAAUAUCGAUGAGAAAGCUAAGGGCCUGCCUCUCUCAUGGGGUCACAUUACCUGUGAUGGGACCGUGGCCAAUCUUGAAUCCAUUUGGGUUGCCCGCAAUCUUAAAUUUUAUCCCCUCACCCUAUAUCAGGCUAUGAAAGAGGGACCUCUUGGCUUCAUAGCCGACACCUUCCAGGUGACCACCUGUGUUGGAGAAGAGAAGCUAUUCAAAGACCUAGGCGUCUGGGAACUGCUCAACCUUCGAUCUGACGCCAUCCUGGGAAUGGGAGACGCUCUAUAUAAACAGUUUGGUGUCACUUCCAAGUUCCUGGAGGAAGCCUUGAGGCCAUUCACCAUCCAAACGACUGGCAAGGACGUGCUGGAACGUGAGUUUCGUAUCACGAAGCCCGCCAAGUAUUUCCUUGCCCAAACACGGCAUUACUCGUGGCCCAAAGGCGGUGCAAUUGCUGGCAUUGGGUCCGCCAACAUGCAGGGCGUGGAGCUCGACAUGGAGGGUCGCAUUUCUCUUGACGCCCUAGAGCGAGAGCUUAAUCGCUGCCUCGAAGAGCGUCAGGCCGUGUAUGCAGUAGUGGCUGUCAUUGGGACAACGGAAGAAGGUGGGGUUGAUCGACUGCAUGAAAUCCUGGCCAUGCGUCGGCGAUUCCAGGACAGGGGACUAUCGUUCUUGGUACAUGCCGACGCAGCCUGGGGUGGGUACUUUGCCAGCAUGAUUCCCCGGUCCAUGAUGGACGCGAGAAAGCCCAGCGAGGCCGGGGAUGGAGAUAAAGCAGUGGAUAAGGUCCCUUCGCUGCCUUUGAGAGGGGACACCCUGACAGAUAUGAUUGCACUCAAGGAGGCCGAUACCAUCACGGUCGAUCCUCACAAGGCGGGCUACAUCCCCUAUCCCGCUGGAAGUUUGUGUUAUCGGGAUGGUCGCAUGCGGUUUUUGGUCACUUGGACCAGCCCAUAUCUGACGCAGGGGUCCUUGGAGAAUAUUGGUGUGUAUGGUGUUGAGGGCAGCAAGCCCGGUGCCGCAGCCAUGGCGGCUUGGAUGUCCAACCAGACAAUCGGCCUAAAUCCGACCGGAUAUGGUCGUCUUUUGGGAGAGGCAGCCUUUACCAGUGCGCGGCUCUCGGCCUGGUACGCCGCCAUGCACGUCGGCCAACCGCCCGACGACAACGGCAACCGGCGCUAUAUUAUCAUACCCUUCAACCUGUUGCCAAUCGAGAAGAAGGGCUACGGCAGCUUGGACGAUGUGGUUGAGGCGCGUCGCAGGGAAAUAUUCGAGACAGUGCUCGACAAGAACAAUGCCGAAAUCAGUGCAGAUACGACUUCCAUGGAAUGGCUGCGGGAUGUUGGCUCAGACCUUAAUAUCAACGCCUUCGCGAUCAACUGGUAUCGGUCGGAUGGCACGCUCAAUACGGAAUUGGAAGAAGCAAAUUACCUGAUGAAGCGGGUGGUGAAUCGAUUGUCCAUUACCACAACCACUGGGGAUCCCCAUAAGGUACCGCUAUUCCUGACUUCAACGCAAUUCGAGCCAGCUUUGUACGGCCAAUGUGCCCAGAAUUUCAUGCGGCGUCUUGGACUGGAUGCCUGCGCUCAGGAUCUCUGGGUCCUGCGCAACGUUGUGAUGAGCCCCUUCCCCACAGACAAAGACUUCAUCCAGACACUUAUGUAUACACUUCAGCAAGUGAUUAUUGAAGAAGUAGAGGAAUGUCGCAAGCGAAACAGUCUAGACAAGAAGGAAGUCGUGUUCCUUCUCCGGGGAACCGAUAUAGUCUUCCUGGAUUUCCAGACGAGUUUCCACCGCGCUACUCAACGCCAGCAGAUCAUUCUAGGCGCCGAUCUAGAAGACAAGACAAAAGAGGACUACAAGAAGCUGAAGAGAGAGUACCCUAUGCAUGACAUUGCGUUCAGGUCCAAGGACCCCCAGCAUUUAGAGGAGUUGAUCAAGCGUAUCUCAAAGGGAGAGGUGCCUGAAAUAGAGGGCGAGAUCGGGGUCCGCGAGGGUGAAGACUUUAUCGGCGGCACUAUUAAAUGCAGUGUACAGAUGGUCCGGAUUAUUAAAAGUAGUCCUUUGAACUCCGCUAAUCGCGACGACCACUACCCACGACACUUUAUGCCUUUCUAUUUGUACGGCUCUCCGGAUCAGUAUCAUAUUUCGCAUAUGCUGCUGCAGGCACCUAACGUGAACUUGUCUGCCUGUGACGUCAAAUUCAGCAAGGCGCUGUCCAAGACAGUGCAUGCUUACCUGGAGAAAUCCAAAGGUUUGAUCCUCACUUUAACCGGGUACCGCGAGGAAACGAUGCAUCCAUUCCCACAGAAGAACGACGAUUCUGUCCUUACGAGUGAUGACUUCUUCUUCCGCUCGGGGCAAAAGUUCAAGGUCAAGGUGUACGAGGAUCCCAAUGGGAACUGUUCCGAAGGUCCGGGAUUAAUUGACAACCUUGGUACCCCUAUUGGACGAGGAGAGAUGACGUUGGGCGACGACGUACAUGUCGAUGUGGAGCUUCUGAAUCAGGAUCCGCUAGUAAAGCAAGAACAGGUUGUUGAGUGGGAUAAGGAAUUGGACAAGAUUAAAGAUGUUUUGAAUGCUGGGCGAGAGCUGGUGUCUGGUACGGCGCCAACAAUUAAUAAUUGA